ACAGGGGUUGGAGUUUCAAAGUUGGAACCUUCCUGCCGGCCGGUGGUUUGCUGGAUCUUUGGUGGCGAUAUUUCACACAAUCACGUUGACUCCUUGUACACCGUCUCACCACCACCACCACCACCACCAUCGGCGACGACGCAACGUAACCACGGUGACUCCCCCUCCCCUCCGAUCGAUCCGCUGAAUAAUAAGAUCCUGACGUGGUGAAUCGUCCUGUACAUACGCGCGAUGUUGGAGGGCAGAUUGCUGGCUCGCGCGCCAGAUUUGCUAUGCCGCCGCGGAUGGGGAUUAUUGUUUCAUACUUCAGCUUCAACCAUAGUGAGCUACAUCGUCAAGCUUGCGCUCGUCGCUUGCCUGGCUUUGGGAGCACUGUUACAGUUACUGCUAUCCAUUUCCACAGCCAUCGACGUGUAUCGCCGCCGCCAGAAAUCCGACAACGUCUGGAAGCUGACAAGCUUCCGUCGUCUGAAUUUUGACGUGGAAGACGUGCUCAAAAACAUGGACGGUCUUGAUUUGAUUGGCGUGGGUGGGUCAGGAAAGGUGCACCGCAUCCAACUCAGGCACAGGGAUCGCCAGUACCGGAUCUUGGCCGUGAAGGAGCUCACGAGGAAGACGAGGAACCAGCAGGCUGAAGAUCAGAUGAUACACUUGUUCGACGCGGAGGUGAAGGUACUGGGCAGUAUCCGCCACCGCAACAUCAUUACCCUGCUCUGCUGCAUCACCGUCAGCAUCUGCACCAACCUGCUGGUGUACGAGUACAUGGAGAACGGGAGCUUGGACCAGUGGCUGCACAAGCCCAGGGGACGGCUGGACUGGCCGUCUAGGGUUGGCAUCGCCACCGACGCCGCGAGAGGCCUCAGCUACAUGCACGACCUGGCCAUCAUCCACCGCGACGUCAAGUCCAGCAACAUCCUGCUCGACCGCGACUUUGAGGCCAAGAUUGGCGAUUUCGGACUUGCCCGGGUUCUUGCCAAGCCUGGUGAAUCGGAGCCGGCGUCUGUCAUAAUGGGAACACCCGGUCAUAUUGCUCCAGAGUACCUCCGUGAUGCAGAGGUGAGUGAGAAGGUGGAUGUCUACAGUUUUGGUGUGGUGCUGCUGGAGCUCGUCACAGGGAAGCAACCACAUGAUGCUGGUACAAAGCCAGGCGUUGGUCUAGCGAAAUGGGCAUCUCAACAACACAGGAACAGAAUUCGAUGGGAUCACAUCAUCGACAAGGAUAUUCAGAAUCCAGCGUACGAGGAUGACAUGAAGGCCGUGUUUAUGCUCGGGCUCCGUUGCACAAGUGAGGACCCACUCAACAGGCCUGCGAUGAAUAAGGUCCUCGAGCAGCUCGAGCAGCUCCUUUCGUGUGACCCAAGCAGGGUUAAACAUCGCGGGUCGUUUCUUGCGAAGGUUUACAGGAAAAUUCAAGACAAAAUCUUCAGACAAGGUCAAUCAGCGGUAUCCAUCCAGUAAAUUUGUCCUUGACCAGAGAGCGUAGUGUAUGUCCAUCUGCCAGUGAUGAGAAGUGCAUGCUGGAAAGGUCCCAAGAACUUAGCAGUAUAAAUAUAUAGUUCUGCUAGCGGGUUUGCAUGCUAAAACCAUGUGUGAGGUCAUGAAAUCCUCAGUGAUAACUACUUGGAGCAAUUUGUAGUUGCUCUUUCUCUGAGAUUUAUGUGUACACAUCACACAUGGACCCCUUGGGCCUGGACAAUCGUCAUACAACAUUACUUCAUUUCAUCGCUAUUGCAUUAA